AGAUUUUCUAUUGUGAACCAUUAAAUUUUGCAAAGGCGCGAAUACAACUUUUGAUUAUGAAUUGGGUCCACCAUAGUCAUUGACAAUAGUAGUUACGGAUGUGGAGUGAGCGUUCUGUGAAAUUUUAAUUUUUGUGGUGGAAUAAAUUCGAAUAUUUGUAGAAUGUUUAAUGUCGAUAAAAAUAAUGAAUUGUCUAAUACUUUGCAUUCAAGGAUCCAUAGUUCGAAGGGAAAAUCUGUGGUGUCGUUGAUUGGAGAAUAUGGCGAAAAGAAAAAUUUUAUGGAAUUGCAUAGCUUAAUUGAGAACACUGACACAUUGACGUUAGUUGCUAUUUUAAAUUCGAAAUUUGGACGAAAUGAUUUUGUAUCGUUUUGGAGUUACAUUCUUGAAGGUCUCAGCUUUGGAUACAGUAGUUGUCAUAUCAUAGAAAAACGCUUUGUUUGCGUGAAACAUUUACUAAAAAGUUUGCAACGUGUUGAAUUGCGAUACAAGCAGACCUACGAUUUGAUAAUACGACUAUGUCAGCAUAUAUCAACAUUUCCAUCUGACCAGUUAAUUUAUAUUCUCGAAGUUUGUAUCGAUGGAAUACGUAUGGGUGAUCGUAAAUAUGUGUGUUGGAAAGAUUUACUACCAGAUGUACUGAAAGUUUUAGCUAACCACACACAAUUGGCUGUUGAUGGCGUACUUAUUAAAGGAAGUGAAUUUCGUGCAAAUACAGUCAAUAGUCUGAUAACAAUGAAUUGGCCCAUAGAGAUUAUAACUUCGAUUGCGGACAUGUUUAGGGAACUGAAUUUGAAAAGUUCGGAAGUAAAUGCCGUUCUUAAUAAAUUUGGUGGAUUGGUCUUAUCAUUGUCUCCUAUUGAUUUGCCACCUUUAGCUUUUCAAUUAUUUUCUAUGUGUUCGUCAUGUACAGAAGUAAUGAUAUUAGUACUGGCUUUUGACAAAUAUUUCUACCGUUUUUAUUACAAAAAACUGUUUGCUGAUAUGGAAAGCAAUUCAUCUGACUACGACUCCAUUGAUACAUAUUCCGAUAAAGAAAUGCGUGAGGCCGAGGAGACGGUUUUGCAUCAUUUGAAUUACUGCACACAAUAUAAAGUAGGGGAAACUCAAAUGUCUGCUGUUUUGCGAAACUUUAGCUCAAUGCCCGACUUAAUACUGACUCCUUUUAUGCUAAGCUCAAUAAUAACUUUGAGCUCUGCAAAUCGGGAGCCCGAAUCACGACGCGUUACCACAUCUGUACUUUUAAAUUUUCUACGCAGUGUCAUACACAGUAACGAGUAUGAACAAAAAAUGGCAGAAUAUUCAGCAUGGUGUCGGGAUACGUUGCUGCGAAAGCAAGUACAGUUGGAUUAUGUCCUCUCAGUACUUAUUGAUCAGAAUAAAAAUGGGCAAGAUGUUAUUACACCAGGUUUGGUUAAUUUAGCUUUUACUUUGCUUAAAACAAAGAACAAUGUGCCAUUAAACUCGCUGGCUAUGAGAUUUUUAACUAAAUUUAUACGCAAACGUUUUGUAUUUGGACAUGGAAUUGUGAAAAAGUUAGCAGAAUGGAUGAUGGUGGAACAAGAUCAGUUUCAGUUUGGUGAGUGCUUACUUAUGUUGAGUGUUGCAGAUACAUUCACAGUUUCCGAGUGCAUAAAGACUAUCAAAUAUGUAAUGGAGUUUUUUUUGUGGUUACCAGGUGAUCAAUCAAUGCGAAUGAUGUCGUUUAUACUACCAAUACUAAGAAUUUCUGCAGUUGUGCGAGACGCGUUCAUUGAAGUGCUUCGGAAAGCCAUUAAUUCAAGCAUGCAACACAUUCGAACAAUGGCGGUUUAUGGUUUUUGUAUGAUACUUAAGCAGUUGAACAAUAGUAAUUCUCAACGAUCGCAAUUAAAUGCUUCUAGUUUUUGUACCCAACAUAGUAUUUCCGCAUUUUCAUUGAUGUCUCAAGUCGCUAUUGACAGUCGACAAUAUCCUUACCAUCAUUUUGAUAUGUUAACCCUGGAAAUAAUGGGACUUCUGAGGAGUUGUUUUGCAAAUAAUGUAGUUAUGAAGAGUGUAUUAUAUGAAAACUUGCAGCGUGCUGUAGAAUUAAAUCCAAAACUUGUGCCGCAUGUGCUUCAAUUUAUUGACUGGCAUUUUCGUUCGUUCUUUCGGGUUCCCAAUGCCACAGAUGUUGAAGGGAAUUUCUGCGUGAUGUUUGAUAAAGUUGUGCGGACUUCCUCAGUGAAUGCGUACGAAUUACAAAUUCAAGACAAUCUAGGUCUUUUAGUACAGUUUGUUAGCCAUUGUUUAAUUAAGCUUGAAGGAUUCGAAAUCGGAUAUGAUGUUAGAGAAAUAAAACGAUUGUUGCGUUUAGCUGUGGACAAAGUAAUUACCAAGGAGUUGCAGUUCGAAGAAAAGGAUGACAACUGGCAACCUAAAAAGAGCGUUAUAUUAGAAAUACAAAUAAACUUUUUAGAAGGUUUAAUGGCGUAUUCUUUACUUACUGCAAAUUCAAAUAAUGACACAAUUACACAUAUUUUGCCAUUAUUCAAAAUACACUGCAGGGUCAGUGCGACGUACAGGUCUUUUACGAGCAUAUCAAGGAAACAAUUACAAAAAAAUAAUAAAAUCAAUAAUGCUGAUGGAUCUACAAUGAAGAAUAUAACCAUUAAUGGUGUGAUAGUAAAAAACUUCAAUUGCACAAGUUUGGGAAAUAUUUGGGAUUUUAAUGUAAUUGAAAAGUUUCUGCGACUUUUACAUGAGGAUGUUGUGCCUUUCGCUACAAGUCAUAAUACAGACGUACUUCGCUCAAAUGUAGAAUUUGUGCGGUACGUGUUAGAAAUUACUGCACAGAAGGUAGCAGCUCUACGUGAUGAACCAGAACAUAAACAAUUAGCUCACAGUAAGCGCACUUUGAAAUAUCUUACAGACUUAACAAAAGUUGUUUACGAACGUUGUAUUCGUCGUUUGGGAGACGUAUGGUCCAGCUUUGAUAAAAACACGGCUGCUUUAUCUGCCGAAUGCUUUCAGCAGUGCAUACAAACUGCAAACGUAAUUUAUAAGAAACAAUUUGUUGAAAUAUUCUUAAAAGGUUUCGAUUUUCAUUCAAUUAAUAACUUUAAACAAUCCCCUGAGAUUUUACAAACCAUAAUCGACGACUUUAUGGAAGAGGAAGAUUCUCCAGAUACAUUGAAUCAGAGGGGUUAUAGCCAUGAUGACAAUUCUGAUCGCAAAAGAAUAUUACAAGCUUUGCUUCAGAGUCUUGAAGUGCUUUAUGAUAAUUUUUCAUUUACGGAUCGCUUAACAAUUGAGUCAUAUAAAUGGUUACUGAAAUUCUGCAAAUGCAAUGUUGUAAAGUCUGAAAAAUUGAGCUUAGUGCAUAAACUGCUAUUUACUCAACGACAGAAAACACACUCCGGCGCCUUCUUCAACACAAUAGCUCUACAAUUAUGCACCAUUUGGGGUGCUAUAUCUGACGAGUUUUACGACAGCGAGUGUCCUCCGGCCUUUAUUCUAAAAUCGUUGACAAUGGAAAGUGCAAAACCAUAUUUCUUAUAUCUAUGUCAGGUAUUACGAAAACAAAUAGAUGAAGUAGAACACUUCAUUCUCAAAGCAAAUAAUUUAAACUUCAAAUAUCGCAUUGUAACUGAAGAUGAGCGAGACAUGUGUCUUAGUCAGUUGCGUUCAAUGGAGCGAUCGAUAUGUUCACAGAUGCUUCAUAUCUCAAAUGCAUUAAAAAAUCUUGUGAAUGCUUGCAUUCCCUUAGGUUCGUCAAUGGACCAGCUUUUGAAGCUCUUAAUGCAGCACUAUAUAUGUUUAAAAAACCUUACAAAGCAUUACUUAAGUUGUGUUGAGACAUCGCAAGUCUGUAUGCAAUCGACAAAAUUUGAAUUUUUGCUGCGUGCUAUUGGCAAACCCCUUCCCACAAAUAUUUAUGCUCUUAUUUCAUACAUUGAAGCAAACGUUAUCGAUAAAGACCAAGAAAAACAUUUGAAUCCGGAAGCAGACGGUGCUAAAAUAUUGCGAGAAACGAAGUUUAUACCAAAAGUGGUAUUACAUCUAGAGUCCUUUAAUCGUUUUGUGAUAAUUUUAUCGAAGAAAACAAAUAGCUGCAUAUCCAAUUUUCUGCAUCAAGGCACUGUUCAUGAUUUCCGUUUUCGAACACAUGCAUUGACAGCGGCAGUUCAGCGUACAUUUUCGCUUAGCAGUGAGAUUUCUGUAGAUUUUAGUGUUGAAAGCAAGACGGAAAAAAACUCUAACGAGGAAUACCCGGAACUAACGAUGAACGAAUUGCCCAUUGUGUCAAGAAAAAUCGGUAAAAAAAUCGUAAGAAAUGAUGAACAAUGCAAAAAUACAAAUGAAGCCGAAGAAACUUUGCAAGGAGCUGUAUCUAAAUCAGUUUCGAUCGCGAUUUUGAAUCAUUCAGCUACUGGUCGAAAAUCGUCAAAAAGAAAAUUACGCAGUUGCGAUAACGACAAUUAUGGAGAGUUGUUCAGUUUUGAUACCGUAGAUAGUGCGGCACGCUCCUCUUCAAUACCAGACAAUGUGGAGGUCUUAGAAUAUGAAAGCAAUCAAGAAUCCGCCUCACAGUUGUUUAAAAACUUAGCAAAGAUCAAUAAGAAAGCUAAGAAAAGAACGCUUACCGAUAUUGAUGAUAAUGCUGUGGUGAACGCAGGAGUUAUAAUUCCACCUAAAAAACGACGUGGUCGUACGUUAAAUAAAAAAUAAAAUGUAAGACAAUUUCUUAAACACCGUUUUUUAGUACAUGGAAUGUAUCUGUAAAAUAUAAACAUUUGUUUGUAAUAAAAAUAUUUUUCUUAAUUA